AGAAAUGGAGAAGAUGACUGACGAAUAUAGCAAAAUGAAACUGAUUGUGCAACAGUCUGAUAUUCUUAUGGAUGAGUUAAGAAAAGAGAAAGAUCGGUACAAAUUUCAAGUUCAGGAUCUUUCAGACCAGCUGAAAGCAAAGAAUGAGGAAGAUGAUCCACUCAUGGCAGCUGUAAAUGCAAAAGUUGAAGAAUGGAAGAAAAUCUUAGCUUCAAAAGAUGAUGAACUCCUAGAGUAUCAGCAAAUGUUACUUACCAUGGAAGAGAAAAUGAAAAUGGUCCAACUUGAUGUAGACAGAAACAGUAUACUGUCCCUUCAGCAGGUACAGUUCAUGUGAGACAUUGCACACAUU